AAUCUGAAGCGUAGACUCUUCCGCUUUUCUCUGUGACAUUUACUUUGAUAGUUUUAGUAUCGCUGUGGCGAUAUAAAAUUACGUUUAGAAAUUAGGGGUUCUAAGGUGUUCGUCCUAUAAGAGCCUCUUGUAGUACCUAUUAUUGUAUUACUAAAUAAAGUAAUUGUUAGUAUUUUCAACUUCGAAAAUCAUGGAUAAAGGUGAUGAACAAGCAGCUUGUAAUGGCGACCAGCAUGAAGCUGAUCCCAUCGACAACAUGGAUGAAAAUGCUGCAGCUAAAGAAAAAUUAACUGCCGCUGACCCCAACAAAGUGAAAUUUACAUCUGUUAACUUAGAUGGUUAUGAUGGUAAAAAUGGUGAAGCUAAAGUUGAUAUUCAUGUUACCCAAACUACUGUUGGGAUGGGCAAAGAGGAACUACUGAAAUAUGCUAACGAACCAUUUUGGGUGAGGCUUCGGAUGUUUCUCUUCAUUUUCUUCUGGAUCUCAUGGAUUGCUAUGCUUGUUGGCGCUAUUGUCAUAAUAUUAUUAGCUCCUCGAUGUCCACCAGCCCCGACCUUAAAAUGGUACCAGAAAACUGCCAUGUAUCAGGUUGAUGUGGAAACAUUCAAGGAUUCUGAUGGAGAUGGUAUUGGCGAUUUUAAAGGACUUGCUUCAAAGUUGGACUAUCUCAAAGAUCAGAAUGUUGGUACUCUUAUGCUUAGUGCUUUCUAUACAUCUGAUUCAGACACAGAUGCUAUUGUGAAACAUAAAGAGGUAGAUUCUAGGUUUGGAACGCUGGAGGAUUUAGAUGAGCUUCUGAACCAGUUAAAAGAAAAAGAUAUAAAGCUUGUUAUUGAUUUUAACCCGAACCACUCCAGUGAUAAGCAUCCUUGGUUUGCUGCCAGUGUAGAUGGCCAGCAACCGUACAGUGAUUUUUAUGUUUGGGCUGAAUCACCAGCAAAUAACGAGCAUGUUCCUCCCAAUAACUGGCUGAGUGUUGAAGGUGAUUCUGCUUGGACGUGGAAUAAAGACAGAGGCCAGUUUUACCUUCAUACUUUUGGCCCAGAUAAGCCAGAUCUCAAUUUGAGAAAUGAAUUAGUAAGGCAAGAAUUAAGAGAAAUAGUAAAAUAUUGGCUGGAAAAAGGAGUUGAUGGAUUGAAAGUUGUUGCUGCUAGUCACCUAAUAGAAGAUGAAAGUUUACGAGAUGAACCAUUAGCUGCUGAUAAAACAGUUAAUUCUCCUAAAUAUAAAGAUGUUAAUCAUAUAUAUACUGUCGACCGACCAGAAAACUUGGGCCUGUUUGCAGAAUGGAGGGAAAUACUGCAAAAUUUUACUGCCUCUACAGGCAUUCCGAAAAUUCUUAUGGCCGAAGUCUCUGGUUCACUUAAUACUAGUGUAUUGUAUUAUGGAAAUGAAACAUUUACUUUAGCAGAGUUGCCUAUUAAUACUCAUUUAACUGAAAUAAAUGAGAUGUCGUCUGGAAUUGAACUUCAGCAUCACCUUGACUUGUGGACAAAACAUAGCCCAGAAGGUGCUUGGCCAACUUUACUGGUUGGUAGUAAGAAGGUACAGAGAUUGGCUUCUCGAGUUGGUGAAGAACUAGUUGAUGGUAUGCACAUGGUUGCUUUUAUAGCCAAGGGUACUCCUAUAACUUACUAUGGUGACGAGUUAGGCAUAACUGACACUUAUGCAAAAUUUCCAACGGACAAGGUAUCUUCUGAAACUGUAAUGCUUUGGAGUAAUGAAACUUAUGGUGGUUUUACCAAUGGUAGCAGCUUGUUGCAUGUGCAUCCUGACUAUCAGACACACAAUGUUGAGGUACAAGAGAAUGACAAACAAUCGCACAUGAAAAUUUAUAGACGCUUACUUGCACUGAGGGGUCAGCCAGCUCUCAAUUUUGGACUUCAAGCAUAUCCUUUAGUAACAGAUGAAAUUUUUUCGAUGAUCAGGGUGCGCAAAGGUUCUCCUGGUUACUUAGUAGUUGUAAAUAUGGGUGGUAAUUCAACUGUCAUAGAUUUUACAGGCAAAAGUUCAUACUUACCUGAGGUAGCUAGGGUGGAAAUCAGAAGUAAAAAUUUAAUAACUGGUAUUUUAGCUGAAGGGGAUCAUCCCAAAAUUUCUUUAAAUAAUGUUCCUCUAGAAUCAAAACAAGCUGUUGUUUUCUCUUUUGUUCCAAUUUUUGAAGAUUAGGCUAGACAGUAUUAUUAUAUGCAUAAAAAUAAAUUACGAAGAUAUUUGCCUGACUGUGUGUGUGCAGAUUAUUCAUUUUUGUGCAUGUGUAUUGUAAUGGUAUGAAAUAAAGCUUAAAUUGCAGCAUUAAA